GGACACUUGCUGCAGAGAGAAGAGACGGAGAGAGAGGACGACGCUCCGGACAAACACAACACAUCACUUUCACCAGAAACCACAGAAACCACAGAAACCACAGCAGCGCAACAUGUCUUCAAAGUGCCCCAAGUGUGACAAGACGGUGUAUUUCGCUGAAAAGGUGGCAUCACUGGGGAAGGACUGGCACAAGUUGUGUCUCAAGUGCGACCGCUGCAACAAGCUCCUGAACGCCGGAGGCCACGCUGAGCACGAUGGACGGCCCUACUGCCACAAACCGUGCUAUGCUGCCCUCUUUGGGCCAAAAGGUGUGAACAUCGGUGGCGCCGGCUCUUAUGUGUACGACACUCCAGCCAACAACAACCCGUCUCCCACCAGCGUGGAUUCAGCCCCCAAAGCUGAGGAGAAGCGGGUGUUCGCCCCGAAGGCAGCCCCCAAAGCCGCUGGCAGCAUCACCACCUUUUCCGGAGAGGCCAACUUGUGUCCCCGAUGCAACAAGAAGGUGUAUUUUGCUGAGAAGGUGACAUCACUGGGUAAAGACUGGCAUCGACCCUGCCUGCGCUGUGAGAGGUGCAGCAAGACUCUGGCUCCUGGCAGCCACGCAGAGCACGACGGCCAGCCCUACUGCCACAAACCGUGCUAUGCUGUCCUCUUCGGGCCCAAAGGCGUGAACACUGGUGGUGUUGGCAGCUACAUCUAUGAAAAGGAGCCCAGUGCAGUGACCCAGCCUUGAACCUUUUUGUCCCCCUCAGCUUCAUCCCUCUUCUCUACACAACACUGACCGUCAACCACAGUAUUAUUCGUAGCCUGUUUUUUUUUUUUUUUUCUUCCUCCCACCUGUGCGUGCGUUCAUACCUGAGACGACCAGCCUUCUGAUCCUUAUUCUCCUUUAUUCUGACCCGCUCCCAGCUGAUUUAGCACCACGAGGAAUGAUUUAUUUAGCUAUUUGCUCUGGGAGAGCCACAUCCAGCAUUCCCACAGGUUGUUACAAAUAGAUUCAACCAUUUCUUUUGACAUGUUUACACAUUUAUAGAUGUUUGUGAACACAUUAAAUGUCACCACAGAUAAAUACGAAGGUCUUAUAUUUCAAUUCUGUGCCCUGAAAACAGUGCGAUUGAGGCUGUCUGUUUUGAGAUGACAUACGUUUGUCUAACAAAAAUGUGAUGAGAGUGAUUCUCAGGUUUGGAAAGAUGCAUUGUGGGUAAGAGGUGCAGCUCGUUGACAGCCAGAGGAAUUUAAUCUCGGAGGCUGCUUCAGGCACAGGUGGUGCACGGGAGCACAGUGCCAAGAAAUUAUAAAUUAAGUGUUUUAUUUAACGCCAUUUUUAUAUUUUGGCUGCCUGACAACAUUCCUAAACAAGGAAAGUCCCAACAUAUUGUAAAAAGGUGGGAAAGUUGAUCUCUCAGGCGACUGUUACAUGAUAUUCUACACAUCCAUGAGGCUGUAACAUGAAUUUAUUUUCCUUUUUAGCAUUUGUUUAUAACCUGUUUAAUGACAGAAUCUGGAUAAUGUGCUAAUAAAUAAACCCAAAAGUCUAUUUUUAAAAUGAGGCAGAAUGUGGGUGAAAUUUGGCGAAGGGAAGACUGCACUUUGCCAGAACAGAAACAUGUAUUUAUAACUUCAAAUCAAGUCCUUAAGUUACUUAGCUAUUUGUACUACUACCCUUUAUGUGACUGAUUAUGAAGGUGGUCAAACAAGGCAAUGUAAGCUGUAUAAAUCUCUUAAAUCAAGAUUUUUAUUGUUUAUUUCAAGUAACACUGCUGUUAUUUUCAGAGAGAUGACGCACUAUUUGAAGUAUUUUUUUUUGUUUUUUGCCAUUAGCAGGAACAGUAGCUUAGCUUAGUAGAAACACUGCAGACAAGUCAUUCUGUAAGAAUGUGCAUCCUAGUAUUAUUGUACGACUGUUACUGUGUUUGUUUAAUACCUGUUGUACUUCGUAGGGCUCCAUAGACACGGCAGGCGCUCACUGUUUUGUAGAAGUGAAACGCUGUACUGCAGUCCUGCUGCAUUUUGUCUUUUUAAUCCCUCGAAUAAACAGAAAC